AUGUACCCUAAUGAAAAGAAGCGGGGGACCAACAGACAUGAAGAAUCCCCCAGUGAGGAAAACAGUCUUCUUCAAGGAAGAAGGAAAGAUGGAAUUUCUUCCCAGGGGAAUAUUAACAAAAUGAAAGAUUGUGUGCAUACUGGGUCCCUGCUUUCAAAACUCCAGGAGGAUAAUGAAACUGUGGAGAUGAGGGAUGUUCACGAGAACUACAAAGUACGAUACAGCCCUUACUCCUUCGAAAACAAGAGGAACUGGAAGCAUCAUAAGAAAGACCAAGUCCAAUGUACUGUGUAUAAAGAUGAAAACUCUCCGGAAGUAGAAAUGGGGCAUGAUUCAGAAGAUGAAGCCACAGCGAGCUGGUACAGAGUCACAAUUCCAUGUGGGAGAAAGUCUGACAAGGCAUUGUUAAUGAAAUCAAUCCAGAGCCUUUGCAGUGUGCCCUUCACCCCGGUUGAUUUACACUAUGAAAGAAGUCGGAUCCAGUUCUUUGUCCAGCAUUCAAACACUGCUUCUGCAUUGAAAAAUGUCAGCUUUAAGAUUUGUAGUGAUGAGAGCAGGAAGAUAAGUAUCUUUGUCAAUCCUUCGGAUGUACCCUACUCUGUGCAGAACAAGUUCAGGCCAGAACAGAUGGAACUGCUAAAGCUGGCUAUGAGAAAAAGAUAUGAUGUCUCCCAUCAAGCCCUAGACCUACAAAGGUUCCGCUUUGACCCAGACUUGUUGGACUGCGGUGUUGACAUGAAGCUAAAUCAAAGAAGCUGCAUGAGUGCCACACUGAAGAUUAUCCAAGAGAAUUUUCCUGAGCUUCUAUCCCUGAACUUGCGAAACAACAAACUGUACCAGUUGGACAGCCUGAUUACUGUGGUAAAAAUGGCACCACACGUCAAGAUCCUGAAUCUUUCUAAAAAUGAGCUAAAGUCAGCAUGGGAGUUGGAGAAGGUGAAAGAGCUGCAGCUAGAAGAGCUGUGGCUAGAAGGAAACCCUUUCUGCAGCACAUUCUCAGAUGAACGUGCUUAUGUCAGUGCUAUUCAGAAAUGUUUCCCUAAGUUGUUGUACCUGGAUGGCAGGAAGCUACCAACCCCAAUUCAAGUGGACACUGAUAGCCCUCAGUUCAUGCAAUCCUGCAAGGAAAACUUGAGAGAACCCAAACCCAUAAAAGAUCGAGUUCUGCAAUUCCUUCAGGAGUAUUACUUGAUUUAUGACUAUGGAGAUCGGUAUGGUCUCCUCAGUGCUUACCAUGAUGAAGCCUGCUUCUCCCUGACGGUUCCCUUGAAUCCCAGUGACCAAGACCCAAGCAGCUUUUACACAAAUGGGCAGCUGCUGAAGUACAAGAAACAUGACAUUGUGGACUGCCUCCGUAUGUUGCCCAAAACUCAGCACGACUUCAGCUCCUUUGGUGUGGUCAUACGUUACCAAACGGAAACCAUGCUGUGCUUCUCUGUCAAUGGGAAGUUCAAGUUGUCUCACAACUGUUUCUCCUACAGCCUGUAUAUCGUGAAUGACCAACUGUUGGUGAGGGAUAGCCACUCUGAUGAAGUCGAGAGUGCCUUUGCCAUGACCAUGUUCAUGCCCCACAUGAACUCCAAUCCCAUCCUUUCCCUAGACCAGCAAAAAAUGGUUCACACUUUCUCUACCCAGUCUGGGAUGAAACUGGAAUGGUCUCAGAAGUGCCUUGAAGACAAUGAAUGGAACUAUACCAAAGCUGCUGAGAUCUUCUGUAUGCUCCAGAAUAUAGGCAAGAUCCCAAAGGAAUUCUUCAGACCGAUGUCCUAA